UUUAGGACUUGGAUGUUUCGUAGACCAAAUUGGUACUGAGAAUUUUGCGCCCUUCUAUGAUGCCGCAUUUGGGGAGUCAGGUUCAAGUUUAAAAUUUUUAAAAGAAAAAAAUGAGCUUUUAAUUGGUGCUCCUGGAAAAUAUAAAUGGAAUGGUGCCUUGCUUACCACUAGUAAAUCGCAUUCUAUACAAAUAUAUCCAAAACUAAACCACAGAUUUACCUCUCUUGACUCUUACUCCGGAUAUGAUGUUGCUUGGGGACGAUUUGUGAAAAAUUCCAGUGAGAUAUGGUACGUCUCUGGUGCCCCCAGAGGGUCUGACCUCAGAGGGGUUGUCAUUUUUUAUGGAUCAAAUACGCACGAUGUCCAUAUUAAGUCGGUGCUUUAUGGGGAAGAAUUCGGAUCCUAUUUUGGUGCUUCUCUAUUGGUGAUUCACAAUGAAGGAGGAGGUGACGAUAUUUUAGUAGGUGCCCCAAUGUAUGCAGGCAAUUCAUGGGAUGAAGGUUGUGUUUACUUUUACAAGAAGAAUGGUGAUGGACCAUCUUUUCAUCCUCCUGUAAAGUUAUCAACAGGAAUUUCUUCGUCAAGAUUUGGAACAGUUAUGGCCGAUUUUGGAGACAUUAAUCUCGAUUCUUUUCCAGACUGUGCCAUCUCGGCUCCUUACGAAGACGAUGGCAGAGGAGCCGUUUAUUUGUACCUUGGUGGUAAAGACGGAUUUUCAAAUGAUAAUUUUCAUCGUAUUGCACCUUCGAAAUUUGCCUCAUUUUUUCCCCCAAUGGUUGUAAGGGGUUUUGGGUUGGGAAUAUCUAAAGGCGUUGAUACACUAAAUAAAAAACACAACGACUUUGCAAUUGGGGCUUAUAAAACCGGACAAGUUUUUUAUUUCCAAUCACACAUACAAAUUGAUGUCACAGCUAGUAUCAUUCCAAACAUAUCUACUUUACUCACUUCUACAAUAACUUUUUCAAUCAAGUAUUGUCUGCAGUUUACUUACAGAAAUGGGAAUACCAAAGAUGUGACUUUUGUUACGAGUUUAAUAUUGGCAGAUAACAGAAUUGUAAAUGAACACAACGUUACUCAAAUUGUUACAUAUAAACCAAUUUCAGAGAAUUGUAAUUUACACAGCGUCCGUUUACAAAAAAAUCACGUAAACCUGGAACCUCUUACUAUUCGUUUUCAAUAUAAAGCAGGUCAAACACAUAUAUGGCAAGAAGAAAGAUUGAAUCUACCAGUGUCGUAUGAUUGCGGAAAUGACAAUAUCUGCCAAACAAAUUUAACAAUCACGACAAAACAAAUCGAUCCAGAAAUAAUAAUACUAGGAGUAAAUAACGAACUAAGAAUUAACGUUUCAAUUAGCAAUUUUGGGGAACCAGCAUAUGAAACUAGACUUCAUUUAAAUGUCCCACCGGAAGUCAGCUUGAUUAAUUUGAGAGAAUGUGAUUUUAAAAAUGGGAGUUACGAAUGUUUGGUUGCACAGAUUUCAAAUGAGACUCUUGAAAAACAUUUCUUGUUAGAUUUAGUCAACAUUCAGCCCAAAUGGACCUUUUUAUCUAUUAAUUUAACAAUUGAUAGUGUUGGACAAGACGUUUAUCCUUCUGAUAACAAUCUCGUGUUGAAUAUUCCCAUCUCGACACAUAAUAAUCCUCGAAUAACCAGUGUUUCACAACCCGACAAUAUUUUUAUAAAUAAAACCCAAAGACUUUUAAAUAUUACUCAUCUCUUUUUUGUGGAAAAUCAAGGCCCUAGUCCACUUAAUCUCAACUUGGGAUUUUUUAUACCACAAAUUACCAUCAACAGAAGUGUUCUUUUGGAAAUCGAAAGUGUUAAAUCUAGUAUAGUGAGUGAAUGUAAUCAUUCGGACAAAAGACCACCGUUGGAUUUGACUGUAACACAAAUUCAAAUCAAUAACACGAAAGUUUUGAGCUGUUUUGAGCCAAAAAUAAAUUGUAGAAGUGUCACUUGUAAGACGGGAUAUUUGCAAAAAUCGAAUCAAAAUCUUGUUUUUACACUAAAAAUACUCGUCCAUACUGAUUCUCUAGCACAGCUACUUGACGUUAGGAAUAAACUAAUUUUGUCAACUAGUGCUUAUUUUACGAAUGGAACAAAAAUGUUUUACACAUCAACAUCGACUCAAAUUUAUGGCAUAUCUAAAAAUGUGAAAAUACCAUUGUGGAUUUAUAUUUGUUCAGUGCUCUCGGGGCUUAUCUUGUUGCUAUUGCUUAUAUUUGGUUUAUACAAAUGCAACUUUUUCAAGCGUACUUAUAGAGAAAAAAUGGAAAGUGAGAGAACUUUGGUUGAGGAAGUCUCUCACUCAGAGGAACCACUUGACGAGGGUACUAAAAACGCCAAUGAUAACUGUUAGUAAAACUUUUAUUCCAUAUACAAUAAAAAUACAACGCUUUUUAAAUAUGUUGAUGACUGUGGGGAAGAUUAGUGACCGGCGUCCCCAAACUGCUUUUAACCCUCCUCAACUUGAUCUUAUCUCUAAUUUGCAAAAGCCUCGAAGACCUGUCGGACUCCUUCCGAUGCACAGGAACCUGAGUAUCCAUAUGUUUCACUCUUUCUCUCUCCAUUUGCACCACCGAAUACAAGUCGUAGACGAAGGCCGAGGAUUUGGGCACUGGACUUGCCAAAGCCGAACUGGGAGUCCUAAACAUCGAUGUAUGUUGUUGAUCUCUCUCCUCAGGGGUGUCGACGUAGAAUUUCGGCAUGGAUUGUUGUCUAAUUAUGGGGAUUUCCUUCGGUUGGUCGAUUUUCAAGUAAAGACUUUUCGAUAGACGUCUUUCUGCCAACGACCUACGCCGGAUUUCCGGGACGAGAUUCUCGGGCUUCAAGGUUUCCAGUUUCGGUUUGUCGACAGCGUCGCGAGAUUUAUCAGAUUUAUCAUUGUUCUUGCGCUGGAAAACAAAAAAAAACUAUUUACAGAUAAGUUCACGAAUUUGUACAUGAAAACAAUAAAUUAAAAGAAAAGAAUUAAUAAAAAAAUUAUAUUUUACUAUGUUUGUUCUAAGUAUCAGAAAAAUAUUUACUUAAAAAUGUUU